UAUAAAAAGACUCGAGUACAGAAUAGACAAGAAAAUUACUAUCUUAUAUCCAUCCCUAUUUGAUCAAAUGUAAAGCCAAACAGAAUCAAUCAAAGAAAAAGAACCAAAGAGAAAAGCCGACCAUCUGGUGCUGUUUGUGAAUAGAAUCCAAAAACAGUCCAACUCAUCUUUUAUCCUUUUACAUAUCUCCCUUCCUCAACCAAAAUAUUUAACUUAGAUUAUAUUCACGUAAACAAGAAAAGAUGAAAGAAAUGGUAAAUAAUUUAAUUCUUGAGACACAGAUUUCAUUUCCAAUGGGUUUCAACCUAGUUUCCACUUCCUGGAAGGGUUAUAAGUUGGGGGCUGAAGCUUUUUGGGACCUCUCGGUCAGCCCAUAUUUUGGGUUACCCUGCUUGGACUUAAGCUGGAUGCUACUAAUCUUCGAAUGCCGAUUUUGGAGUACUACGGAUGAAGACACACAAAGAAAAUAGAAAAAAAUCAUUAGUUAAAAGAGACCGGAAAACAAUCUACCGCGUCAUUAAUAAAGAAAUUCAUCUAUCAACCUCUAAUUGUUGUUGGAGCAAGAAAAGUCAGACAUGUUGGUUCUUGGACAAAGGGGAAAGCAAAUAGGAGUAAAUGCGGUGAUCAGAAAUGACAUGUGAACAAAUAGAUAUUUCCUUUGGAAACUAUUCUGCUUGGCAACAUCAGAGGAGCUGAAUUAUUUUUCUUUUAAGCAGAAUGCAUCCGAACGACUUAAAGAUCAGGUCAACCAAAGCAGAAUUCAUUAAAACUGGUCCUUGGGGCUCAGAUACAAGGGAAAAAGAGGGAUAAGAGAAAGAGGAAGACAGUUUGAGCCAGUUUCAAUGGAAAAGCUUCUCUGCUUUAACUUACUCUUGCCUUUGUUUCUUCUCCAGUUCUAUACUGUUCCAAUUCUCUCAGCACCUUAUAUUUUUCCAGAUAAAUACUUCAUCAACUGCGGGUCAGAUUCUCCUGUGACAGUACGCAGCAGGACGUUUGUUGGUGACAAGAAUCCCAACUCCUUCUCUGUUGGAAAUAGCAAACCUGUCACAGACAGCCAGUCAGCAGGCGCAUCUCUCUACCAAACAGCAAGGUUUUCUACAAGCCCAUUUUCGUAUGAUUUCGAUAUCACUAACAAUGGUCUAUAUGUGGUACGCCUUCAUUUUUUUCCUUUCAUGUCGGACCAGGGUAAUCUAGCGGAUGCUUUAUUCAAUGUUUCAGCUUCAUAUAAGUCUCUGGUAUCCAAUCUCAGUCUCAGAAAUAGUAGUUCUUUCCCUGUGAUUAAGGAUUUCUUGGUGCCUAUCAAUUCAUCCAGCUUUAGAAUUCACUUCAUCCCUGCAAAUCAAACAUCUUUUGCUUUUGUGAACGCUAUUGAAGUUUUUCUUGUUCCAAAUCUUAAUGAUAACCGAACUCAUGUGACUUCGGCAGGAAGUAUGGGUCCUUACCAAGGUUUGCCCUCUCAGGUACUUAGAACAGUUCAGAGAGUUAUUGUUGGGGGUCAAUCCUUUACUGACGCAACAGCAGUGGCACCGGAAUGGGUAGCUGAUGAUGACUAUAUGGUAAUUGGAAAUUUGGCAGAAAACUGUAGCUAUCUGCAGAAUGGUAGGCUAAACUAUGAUGACAGUAUAGAUAAUGAAAACUUUAGUGCAGCCUCUCAAAACUUUGUCCCAGAUCGUGUCUAUAGGACUUGCAAAAAAGUAACUCUAAAUAAUGGACAGGCAUCAAAUUCUACGAACAUUACUUGGCAUUUCAAUGUCAGUAAGAAUGCGCAGCACCUUGUUCGGGUCCAUUUCUGUGAUAUUAUUAGUGACUCACCGAACGUAGUCAAUUUCAGUCUCUUUAUAUACGGUAAGUUCAGUCAAAAUAUCAAUCCUUACGAGUAUACCGUUAACACAGCAGUUCCAUUCUACUAUGAUUUUGUGGUUGACUCGGGUGGUUCUGACUUUAUUAGUAUUAGUGUUGUCCCUUGGGAUGGAUCCAUCUCUAAAUUUGCUUACCUGAAUGGAGUCGAGAUCAUGGAGUUCAUCACAGAACCAGGCUUGGAACUAGGGAUAAGUGAGCCAAAAAGGAAGCCUCUACUGUUUAUCAUAAUUGGUUCAGUCAUUGGGUUUCUUGUCAUCUGUAGUUUGAUAGUGGUAUUCUUGUGGUUUAAGAAACGCAGAAAAACAGAUCCUUUUGAACCCUGGGCUUCAUAUGGUACCCUUCCUUUUGGAGGAGCAAGCCCUUAUAUUGGACUAAGCAGAAAAUCUAUCAAUCCCCCUCCUGUUCCAAACCUUAAAUUAAAGAUGCCUUUUGCUGAAAUAAUAGAGGCAACCAAUAACUUCGAGGCUAAGUUGUUGAUUGGGGAAGGAGGCUUUGGUAAAGUGUAUAAGGGAACUCUACGAAAUGGUCUCAAAGUGGCAGUCAAACGAAGCGAGUCAAAACAUGGCCAGGGCUUUCCAGAAUUCCAAACCGAGGUCAUGGUUCUAUCCAAGAUUCGUCAUCGCCAUCUUGUUUCCCUAAUUGGCUAUUGUGAUGAAGGGUCUGAAAUGAUACUGGUUUAUGAGUUCAUGGAGAAGGGGACUCUCAGAGAUCAUCUUUACAGCUUGCAUGGGGAUCCGGAGAGAUCAUCUCCAUUAUCUUUAUUGACUUGGAAGCAAAGACUUGAGAUUUGUAUUGGUGCUGCAAAGGGUCUUCAUUACCUCCACACCGGUUCAGAUGGAGGAAUCAUUCACCGUGAUGUUAAGUCCACAAACAUCUUGCUUGAUGAAGAAUAUGUGGCAAAAGUGGCGGAUUUUGGCCUUUCCAAAUCAGGUGAUCUUGAUCCAGAUGAGUUCAGCACAGACAUAAAAGGGAGCUUCGGUUAUCUUGAUCCCGAGUAUCUUAGAUGCCUUCAGUUAACAGAAAAAUCUGAUGUUUAUUCUUUUGGUGUGGUACUCCUUGAAGUGCUUUGUGCUAGGCCGGCUAUCAUCUACUCACACAGGCAGGAGGAGAAAAAUUUAGCUGAGUGGGGGCUGUUUUGGUUAAGGAAAGGGGAACUUGAAAAGAUUAUUGAUCCUUCAGUGGCUGACCAGAUUAAUCCUAAUUCAUUGAGAAAAUUCAGUGAAAUAGUUGAGAAAUGUCUGAAACCAACUGGAGCCAACAGGCCUACAAUGCUUGAUAUCUGCUGGGACUUGGAAUACACAUUGCAGCUACAGCAAACUGCAGUCCGCAGAGAGCCUUACGAGGACAGUGCCAUAGAUGCUUCUCUGAACUUUUCAUCACGACCUUUUCAGCGUUUGCCUUCGAAUAACUUACCAAUUGAGAAAGAUGAUGCGCCUAUGGAAAAAGCUGAUGGUUCUGACACAACAGCUAGUGGCGUUUUCUCCCAGCUGAGGAUUGAUGAUGGCAGAUAGUCUCAACUGGCUGCCAUACAUGAAACAAGUCACUUUAUGUGGUCUGAGUUCUGGAGUAUCCCAGUGGCAUUAACCAUGGAAUAGAACUGCAGGAAGCUAU